UGUUUUAUGUAGGUGGCGGUGCAGGAAGAAGAAGAAGAAGAGGAAGAGGGGGAAGGAGAAGAAGGAGAAGAAGAAUAAGAGUGGCCCGUGGUUUUGUAACACUCAAAGAGAGACGAACAAAUUUUAGAUUUUUCCCCUGAGUGACAAGCCAAGACGCAAAGAUGUCUGUCGCUGGCUUGAAGAAACAGUUUUAUAAAGCGAGUCAGAUGGUGAGUGAGAAAGUAGGAGGGGCAGAAGGCACUAAGCUGGAUGAAGACUUUAAGGACCUGGAGAGGAAGGCUGAUAUCACCAGUAAGGCCAUAGUGGAUGUGUUGUCCAGGACGUCAGAGUAUCUGCAGCCCAACCCAGCGUCUCGGGCCAAACUGUCCAUGGUGAAUACUGUGUCCAAGAUUCGAGGGCAGGUCAAAAGUCCCGGGUAUCCACAGGCUGAGGGAGUUUUGGGAGAGUGCAUGGUCAGAUACGGCCGCGAGAUGGGAGAGGACACCAACUUCGGUGGUGCUCUUGUUGAAAUGGGGGAGGCUAUGAAAAGGCUGGCUGAAGUCAAGGAUUCCCUGGAUAUCGACGUGAAGCAGAACUUCAUCGACCCUUUCCAGACCAUCGUAGACAAGGAUCUCAAGGACAUCCAGCACCAGCUGAAGAAAUUGGAAGGCCGGCGGCUCGAUUACGAUUACAAAAAGAAACGGCAGGGAAAGAUUCCAGACGAGGAGCUCCGCGCUUCUCUGGAAAAGUUCCACGAGUCCAAAGAGGCUGCAGAGAUCAGCAUGCACAAUCUCUUAGAAACCGACGUGGAACAGGUGAGCCAGCUCUCUGCUCUGGUGGAGUCGCAGCUGCAGUAUCACAGGCAGUCAGUGCAGGUGCUGGAAGAACUGUCAGAGACAAUGAAAGACAGAUUGAACAAUGCUCAUGCUCAGCCACGUCAGAAGCGAAUGCCCAAGCCAAUGCCCAGCUUUGACUCAGACCCAGAGUCUUCUAACGGAGGCUUCAGUCCCACGUCUCAUCCCCAGAGCUUUAACUCAGCAGCACCUGCUUUACCCACCCGCACCUCUGUACGCCAGAAACGACAAUCAAUGGACCAACCUUGCUGUAAAGCCCUGUAUGACUUUGAGCCAGAGAACGAAGGAGAGCUGGGUUUCCGUGAGGGCGACAUCAUUACACUGACCAGCCAGAUCGAUGAGAACUGGUACGAGGGCACAGUCCGUGGCCAGGCCGGCUACUUUCCCUGCAACUACGUGGAGGUGGUGGUACCACUUAAUCGUUGAAGCCUGCUGACCGGAGAAACGAGGGGCGGAGGGGACGAGAGAGCAAGAGAGAGUUGCAGUGGUGACGUGAUGGAGAGUUAAAGUAAAGCAGCAAAGGCUGGAGACUUGGAACAGUGUAUGAAUAUGAACUAUGCCAUGAGACACAAAUUAUUCUGUUCUUUCCUGUGCAGUUUUUCCCUCUGCAGUAUGUCUCUUCAGUCAGAUUGCCAUUGGAGGUGGGUCUCGAAAACACUAUCAUAUUCAGAUUAUUUUUUUGCCCUGCCCUCUUGAUGGAGUGACUGAGCCAAGAGAGAUUAUAUAUAUAUAUAUUCUGUAUUUUAAAAAAAAAUUAGGUUUUUUCUUCAAAAAUAUGUUAUAUGUUAGUCUUUUACAUCUGCUGAUUCGGUCCCUAUUAACUGUCUUCCGUUCACAAUUAUAUACACAGGCUUAUCUUUGCGUUUUUAAUCAAUUGGAUCUUAUUUGUGUGUGUGUGUGUGUGUGUGUACUCUCUGCCCCCUAGUGGCGGUACCGUGAUACAACACCACCAAAUCCGUUCUCCUCUUCUUAUACCAAAUUAAUCUGACCUUCCAUAGGAGGUAGUUACAUCCAUAUAUUUAUUUUGUCAGCAAACCUGAAUACUCAAGCCUUACAACUCGUGUUUAUUUGACAACAGUGUUGCUUACAGUCCCUGUAGUUUUUAUAGUCCAGCAUGUACAACCCUGAUUAAUCAUGCUUGACCAUUUCUCUAGCUGGUUCAGAGAAAUGAUGAGGAAAGUUUGCUUAGACUUGAUCUAUGAAUUGGGACUCGCCCUCUCGAUGUUUGUUUACAGCACACAGCACUUGAUUGAAAGACGUGCCUGGAAUGUUAAUCUGAGUUGAGCGACAGUUUCACAAAAACAAAAUAAGAGCAUUAUCAGGUUCUUUGUUUCUGCCUUGUUUUCUACAUAACCUUCACCCUACACCUUUUAUUAGCUUCUCUUCUCUCAGAUGCUUUUUGUUUAUUGAGGCCAAGAAACCUGAUAAAUCCGUAUUUCCUUCGUGCAAAGCAUUAUUAGAAAUAGAUUUUAUUAUAAUUAUUAUUAUCAUUAUUAUUAUUAUUAUUAUUAUAAAUGAGCAGAUACAGAGGUGGACAAAUCAUGAAUACAUUAGCUUGCUAAGUCAAAACUCAGAAACAGAAUGAAAAGUGGUAGCUAGAGUAAUAUAAUAACUCAUCUAGUUACUUAAAUGUCAAUGAUUUGUGGAUUAUUAUUGUUUUUUAAGAGCAUCGAUAUCAUAUAUUUGUGUUUGACUGGUAAAUCAAGCAAAGUGUUAGCUGUGAAAUGAACUUCCGCCCUGACAUCGUAUGUAAAAAGGUGUAUAGUAGCAUCUGAAUAUUCUCUAAAUAUGUGUAACUUUCAGGGGGUUCCAGGAUUGGUUUACUUCGCCUGCUGAAACUAUUCUCCUUCAACCGGAAAGCUCCUUUUAGAAUGAAUAUCGCUAAUAUGGCUAGAGAGAAAGUGAAAAAUGGAGUACGAUUUCCUUUCUUUGUUUUUUUCUUUAUAUAUUUUGUUUUGUAGGUUCGAACAGAAAUAAAUAAACAAAUAAAUAAAUAAUACAGCGUCGUUUUACGUCAUCCCCCACCCUAAAGUACAUUUGUUUACACACAGCUACACAACAAGCUCCUUAGCGGUGCAAAAGAAAAGUGAUCCCCUCUCUUAUAUACGAAGCUAAGCUAGCAAAGUUGGUCACACUCUCUGGAUAGGCGAAAUGUUCAUUCAUAGCUAAACUAUGUAAUCUUGGGUAUCUGUGAGCUCAUGUAUGUAAUGGAGCUCAGUACGUAAUGGAGCAGGAGCAGCAGUUAAAACAAUAUUUGGUGUCUCGCUUUCAGAUGGCGCGAGCGCAUGGCGAAAAAAAAAAACGUCUACGUUGAGUCAAGUCGAGGUUUUUGUCCUCCUGUUUAUUCAUUGAGCAACUCCAAAGAGCUUCAGCUUCCAGGCUAGCGAUUUGUCCACCUCUGUAGGAUUUGUAACAUUUCCAUAAAGGGAAACCGAGCUACUGUAACAUCCUCCUUUGAAAUCUGACACACUGUGUACAUGAGUACUGUGCGUUAUAUUGAAACGUUAUAUCCUGUCCGGUUCUUCCUGUCUGGAUGAAGCAGAAGCUUAAUCUACCGAUCUGUACACAUUUGAAGACAAAACUUGGACCUAUUAUAACUUGGUCCUGUCUGUUCUUAUACCUUGAGUCUCUGAAUCCACAGCAGUGUCAAAAGGUGCAUAUGGGAUUUGUUAUUUUUUUUCUCAUCUGCACUUAUUUAAACUUGCUUCAUAAAUAAAAAUGAGGCCUGGAAGCCGACCAAGAAUAAGGAGUUCUAUCAAGAGUUUCCACUUGUCUUCCACAUCUGGGCCGAUUUUGUAUUCUCUCUGACACUACAGGUUUAGCCUUGUAUCAUAUAUAAACUUUUGUAUAAAGGGGGGGGUCCUGUAUUUCUCAUUAGCUGCUAUGUUUUAUUAUUCCGCUUCAUUAAAACCGCUCCAUUUUCUAUAACCGAGACAUUCCAGAGCCAGUUCUCUUCAGAUUCACUUCACCACAUGCACAUUUUUUUUGUUAUUUCAGCACAGGGAAGAAAAUGUCAGUCUUUGUAAUGAAGCACAUCAUGGUAUCAUGUCUAGGUUUUGUCUGUUUCUGCUCAAACGCUUUCGAGGACAAUCUGGGAACGGACAGAUGGUCUCACACUCCUGGUAUUUUUAUAUCUAAUAUAUAUGAGGUAUUAAACUGCAAAUCCAAAUGUCAUGGGUGUGUGUGUGUAUAUACAUUCCAAAGACAGCUAGACCUAAUUGAGAACAUUCCAUAAUAUGAGGUGAUUUUCAUGCUUACUUUCAUAUAGCUUUAGUGUCUUGUCUUAUAAGGGCUCCACUUUGAAAUCAGGUUUAUGUUCAUGAUAAAGCCUUUAUAAAACAUUUGUGCCUGCAUCUCUCUUCCGUUACUGUUUUGAAAUGUUUCCCUGUUGUUACGGUCAAUAUAACUAAAAAGAUAUAUUUUUUAUCUUAAAUAAACUUAAAAUGAAAACA